AUGAGCUCAGCCUCGACCGGCAGGCCAGAUCCGGCUCCAGACCACACCGUUGAUGAUUAUGUCCCUUCAAUCGAUGCUGCGGAACCCGGUGAGCGGCAGACAUCGGGCAGGAAGGUGCCGGCCCAGAAUGAAGGCCCUACCAAGCCUCGCUUCAGAGGCCUGAGUCGGUGGAAGUCUACCAGAAGGCCCGAGAGCGCCUCCAAGGGGAAUAGCCUGGAGAUAUUCGAGCGCGUCGUCCGCCAACAGGUUGAUCGGGAGGAUACGCCCUCGGAAUCGGCGCCGAAGUCACCCGCCGCCCUCGAGUAUUACAACGACCUCGCACGGCUAAAGUCGAUGCUGAGGGGGCAGAGCAUCGAGUCUUGUCUCGAGUUCUUCUUGACCAAAGUGUGGAAUAAUGUGCCCUUCGAGGGCAGGAAUCUGCUUCUGAAGCAGAGAGGAACCUAUCUCAUGACCAGAGUCAUAGAAGCGAAGAUGGAAAACUGGGAUAACGAGAAGUUGCCAUCCCUGGCCCAGGCGUCUCAGAUUUUUUCCGAGCUCGACUCGCUGAGCUGCAAGAAAUGGACUGACUCCGUCAUGAGCCUCAUCCAGAACAUCGUGACCAGGAGCACUGCCAAAGCCGACUACCCGGACGCGGAGGCAUAUGCAAGGUCCAUGGCCAGGAAGGAUGUGCUGCUGCAGGAUCUGAUCGAUACUUGGAUCGUAUUCCACCGCCACCGCCUGUCCCCCAAUAGAUAUGGCGAUGCACAGGAAUGGUCUUUCCGGUUCCCGCAGCUUGACGAGAUGCUUCUCCUCAGAUAUGCGCGGGGUGGCGAGGCGGUGAAAGCAAUCAACAUGAUGUUUCCACAGAUCUGGGGCAACGAUUUCAAGAAUAUCCCAGCCGUGGCCAUCGCUUCUUUUAUGGUUCUAGCAGACCCGUCCCACUCCCACCUCGAGGCACAGGAGAAAGCAAAGCCCCUUCUCGACACAUUGGGAAAGAUACUCGCUGCUGUUCCGAUCUGGAAAGCAGGCCUGCAUAACAUCUUCGCAGAACACCCAGAUAUUCUGGUCUAUGUCUUGGACCGUUGGGACUCGCUCAUUUCUCAGCUUCGUCAGACCGACAGGCCCAAGCACAGACUGGAGACUAUUGUCAGCAAGCCAGAGGUCAACCCGGAGGCCAAACGACGCGGGGGCCCUAGCAGCAAUGUUAUCAUGCAUCAAGUGAACACGGCCCUUGGGAUGGGCGACGCUGAUGCCGUUGAGGCCGUGUGGGCACGUUUCUGGAAUCACCAGGCCGUACUAGAUGAAGAUCGGAAGGCGGAGUUGCAAACUAUGGACAAAUUGUUCCACUACUUCAUCCUGGCAUUCACUGCACUGCAUCGACCGCAGAGAGCUGUUGAGGUUUGGGAGUGCAUGACACGCAUCGGAGUCCAGCCAACUGUUAAGACCUGGACCUCGCUGAUUGAAGGGUGCCGGAGGUCCAAGAAUGCCGUCGGCAUCGAGAAUGUCUGGAAGAAGUUGCUGGCUUCUGGCCUCGAGGUGGACGAAGCGGCGUGGUCGGUUCGGGUCGUGGGGCUGAUAGACUGCGGCGAGCCCGAGGCAGGGCUGCGGGCCCUCGACGAGAUGUUGCACCAGUCCAAACUAACAAUCGCCCCGAUCAACGCAGCCGUUGCCGCACUGAUCCGUUUGAACGCCAUGUCCGCGGCCAGGAAGGUCCUUGACUGGGCGUCGCAAAACCACAUUGAGCCAGACAUCAUGACCUUCAACACGCUGCUGCGGCCCCUGGUCGUUCAGGGACACGCCGCGCAGGUCGACGGCCUGCUCAAGAUGAUGAAGGAAAAGGGCGUCGAGCCGGACGCGGCAACGUUCACGGUGCUCCUUGAGGGCCUCAUUGGCGACUCCAAGGACGCGGACGCGGCCGAGCAGGUCAAGAGCGUCAACGAUCUCUUCAACCAGAUGGAAGCCGCGGGCGUGGAGGCCAACAUGCAGACAUUCGCGCGCAUGCUGUACCUACUCGUCAGCGAGCCCGGCGCCAACAGCUACGAGGCGGUGGAAGCCAUCCGCAAACACAUCCACAGCAAGGGCCUCACCAUGUCGCCGUACAUGCACACCAUCCUGGUGGAUCACUACUUUAAUCUCGAACCCCCGAACCUGGCCGCCGUGGAGGACCUCAUGAACAAAGACGGGCUGAAGUGGAAAAUGUUUGUGGGGCGCGGCCUCGACAGGGUCUUUUGGGAGCGGGUCAUCAAGGGGUACGCCACGACGGGGGACAUAGACAAGGCAUAUGAGAUCUUCGAGCAGGUGGAUAACAUAGGGUCGGUCCUCACGCUGGACACGCUCUCGACCCUGCUCCUGUCGCUGGUCAAGGCGGGCAAGAGGGAAGAGGCCAGGAGGACGGUAGACAUCGUGAAGAUGCACCGGCAGAACUCCCACGUGAACUCGAUCGGCGAGAGGGAAGGGUUCGGGAGCAAACGUCAGAAGCAGAGGGGCAGGUACUGGAGGCAUCGGUUCUGGGCCUACGCGGUCGAGUGUGGGCUGCUGACGCCUGCCGAGUGGAGGCAGCUUGCGCUGGGAGGGAAUCUAUCCAUGCCGAAUCCUGAGAAUAGUAUGUAA